UGAACCAACACAAAAUGAUUUGCAGGGCGCACAAACCUAUUUUAUCGGAGAUUCCUAAGGAGGGUGAUAGCGUUGAGUUUAAGGCGUAGAAAAAGACACAGUGACACCCGUUUGUUAUAUACGCGGAUUUCGAAGCAUUGUUAGUGAAGAUGGAGAAAAAGAAGGGCGAAAAAACAACAAUUGUACAGAGACACGAAGCGAUGAGUUACGGAUUUUUGGUGAAGGCGGGCGACAACGUACCGGAGGAGUUAUUGGCCGAGUACGAGAUACCGGCGGGGCCGGUAAUCUACAGAGGCAGCGAAAACAGGACGGACGUGGCGAAACAUUUUGUGGAGCCGAUAGUUGAGGUGUCCCAGAAAAUUGAGAAACUGAUGAAGACAAAUAUUCCUAUAAUCAUGACCGAAGGUGAAGAAAAAACACACCAAGAGUGUAAUACGUGUAAUUUAUGUAAAUGUAGUUUAGCCGGGGGCGAUAAGGUUAGGGAUCAUGAUCAUUUGACGGGGAAAUUUAGGCAGACCUUGUGCUCUAGGUGUAACUUAGAGUUACAACAACCUAAAUUUAUCCCCGUAUUUUUCCAUAAUCUCUCAAACUAUGAUGCGCAUCUUAUAGUAACGGAACUUGGAUAUGAUACUCAGACUAUCAAUGUUAUACCGAACAGUGAAGAGAAGUAUGUAUCUUUCUUGAAAUAUAUAAGUAGUACCUUCAUUGUUCGGUUUAUCGACACGUUCCGGUUUAUGACGUCGAGUCUGUCGUCCCUGGCUGAAAAUUUAGUUACACCCGAACAUGACAACUUCCGUGGGACAGCCAAACAUUUUGUCACCGGAGAUAUGCCGCUCGUGAAUCGUAAGAGGGUGUACCCAUACGAGUACACGGAUAGUUGGAGUAAGCUGGACGAGACAAAUUUACCGAGGAAGCGAGAUUUUUAUAGUUCGUUGACAGAGACCGGGAUUAAGGAGGAAGAUUUUGAACACGCGAAGGAGGUCUGGGACCACUACUGCUGUACGACGUUGGGCGAGUACAGUGACUUUUAUUUGAAAAUCGAUGUGCUGUUGUUGGCGGACGUCUUUGAAAACUUCCGCGAUGUAUGCAUGAGGGCAUACAACUUGGACGCCGCUCAUUAUUUCACCGCCCCAGGCUUGAGUUUUGAUGUGAUGCUUAAGUUUACCGGUCAAUAGCUGCAGUUAUUGCAUUAUAACGACAUGUUGUUGAUGUUCGAAAAUGGUAUACGUGGUGGACUAGUGCAAGCGAGCAAACGGUAUGCGAAGGCGAAUAAUGUCAAGACCCUGCAUUACGAAGAGAUUAAAGAUAGAUCGUGGAUAAU